AUGCCAUCGUUUAAAGAACGUUUUCGACCAUCUCGUAAAUAUAAAAAAAAUAAAGAAAUAGGUUCUACAAAUACCGAUGAUUCUGUUAGCACGACUACAGCUAGUGGAACAUCAACAAGUCUAUCAACAGCAGGUGCAUCAUUAACUGCUGAUGACCAUACCGGUUUAAUAUCACUAUCUACUUAUCCUUCACAUUAUUCAGUUGAUUACUAUCAAAUUAGUCUUAAAGAUUAA